AUGGCUGGGUUAGAGCAAUUGGAGAUUCACAGCAAGUCGUAUAUUGUCCGUUGGGUGAAGGUAGAGGAAGGGCAUACCAUUUCCUGGAGUGUUCAGCCACACAAGAAGUCCAUAAACUUUGGGAUAUUCAAGCACCCUGGUACAGGCAAUUUGGCAACGCCUGGUGGAACACCACAGUAUCCUGCCCUCGAUGAUGCCUCUCUCCAACAAGUUGAUGACAAGUCCUCACGACGGCCUUCGAAUACGCGAAACGAUGCAUCUACAGCUCAAGAACAACUUAAGGCAAAGGGCUUCAUAGCGAUACAAUGGUACGGCAAAUGCGAAGCGGACAAGGUAUCUAUGGGGACCUACGCAGUAAGCCCGGGGCAGGGAGGAAUGUAUGGCUUGGUAUUCGACAAUACGUUUUCAAAGGCAAUUUCAAAGACAGCUACCUUCGUCCUCCUCACAUACCCUUCGAAUGCGCCUCCACAUUCAACGCAUCAUCUGCAAGGCGCCUUAGGUGCAGCUCUCAAGAACCAAAGUCCGAAACUCUCGGCGACAGCCUCGGACUCCGUGGACAGUCUACAGAGUCAUUUAGCACAUGGAAACAGUGGUAGCAGGGGCAAUUCAGUAAUGGGUCGAACCGAGAGCCACGAUACAUUGGCAACCUACCAUGUAGGCGCUCUCCAGAAGCGUCGGCGGAAGCGGGGUCAAGGCUAUGCAAGACGGUUCUUUUCGUUGGAUUUUGCUUCCUGCACAUUGUCAUACUAUUAUAGUCGAAACUCGUCUGCUCUUAGAGGAGCUAUACCCUUGAGUUUAGCUGCAAUAGCAGCUGAUGAGAGGCGAAGGGAGAUCAGUAUCGAUUCUGGGGCAGAGGUGUGGCAUCUCAGGGCCGGAAAUUUGAAGGAUUUCCAAGAUUGGACCAAGGCUCUCGAAAGAGCCAGCAAUGCUGCACGGGGCGUCAAAACAGAUUCAAAUACUCCGGCAGGCGAAUCCCGCUUGAGACCACUUGGAACGCAAGCUCCACCUUCAAGUGCAGCAGAGGAACGAGAGUGGGAACAAGUGGAAGCCCUGGUGAGCAGAAUUGUUGGUACUCGCGACGCUGUUCGGAGGUUAUCAAAAGAUACCGCUCCAAAAGACACAGCUACAGGGUCGAGGAGGAGUCAUUAUGGAUUAGGGGUGCUUAAUGGUGUAAGUGCAAGUGCAAAUGCAAGCCCUUCAACCGGAGAUGAAGGGGGCGAUUACUUUGGAGCAUCUCAAGUUCAGGAAAAGAGACCUUUUUGGAAGAGAAAGCCUAGCACACCUACGACCCCCCAGAUGAUCCAGCGUGGUAUCUCAUCACAGCUUGCAGUCCCGGUUCCCGCAACUGCUACCACGAUCUCUGCAAAUGGCUCGCCAUCUCCACAAAGGUCCAGAAGUUCCCAUGAAGAGAUAAGCAUGCAUGAUCACUGCGCUUCGUUGCUCAAUGAUUUGGAUGCUGUCUUGGCUGAUUUCAAAACCUUACUUACAAACAGUAAGCGCCGUCGAAUGCCUGCUCCCACGUUUGAGUCACGAGCUAGCAUUGAUUCCACUUCAACGGGCGAGUUCUUUGACGCAGAAAAUGGAGAUCCGGAUCGUUCGGUCGUAAUAAUUGGUCGUCAGAGCGAGGAAGAUACUCAACCUUCCGAAGCGGACGAUGGAUUUGACGCAACAGAUGCGUCCUCAUUGUCAUCCGCGGAAGAUGACAACGCUCACGUCAGUGGUGCCGCUGGGCUGUUUCCCGCAAAACCAAAAUCGUUGGACCCUCUUCCUAUCCCUAUUCUUGUUAAACGCCGCAAAGUUAUCCCUCCUGCCACUGUCUUGCCACCGAGUCUAAUAGGCUUCCUACGAAAAAAUGUAGGCAAAGAUCUCACCACACUGAGUAUGCCUGUCAGUGCAAAUGAACCAUUAUCUCUCCUACAACGCACGGCUGAACAGCUUGAGUAUGCUCAAUUAUUAGAUACAGCAUCGUCGCAUAAGAACGCUGACUACCGGUUACUCCACGUUACCGCAUUUGCAAUCUCUCAACUUAGCGCGAAUCGGGCUAAAGAACGAGCAAUCCGGAAACCCUUCAAUCCCAUGCUUGGCGAGACAUUUGAGUUAUUAAGAACCGAAAAGGAAGUACCAGGCGGAUUCAGAGUACUCGUAGAAAAAAUCUCUCAUCGUCCAGUACGAUUGGCCAUUCAAGCCGAUUCCGCUCACUGGUCCUUAAGCCAAAGUCCAGCACCGACGCAAAAAUUCUGGGGAAAGAGCGCGGAGCUCAUCACCGAAGGCCGCGUACGAAUUUCACUACGUCUAGCAGACGGGAGCGACGAGCUCUAUAGCUGGAAUGUCGCCACUGCCUUCUUACGUAAUAUAGUCAUGGGCGAGAAAUACGUAGAGCCGGUUGGCACCAUGACCGUCACGAACGAAAGCACAGGAGCCAAAGCAACCAUCGAAUUCAAGCAAAAAGGCAUGUUCAGCGGUCGCAGUGAAGACGUACAAGUCGAUACGUACGGACCAGAUGGAGGACACACUGGAUUCGGCCUGACUGGAACCUGGACCACGCACCUCAAGAUGAGCGAGCCGGACAAAAAGUCAGGAGCGGAAAUCUGGCGCGCUGGUGAACUUGUUGAGAAUUUCGCGCAGAGAUAUGGUCUUACGACUUUUGCGGCUGGGCUUAAUGAAAUCACGGAGCUGGAGAAGGGCAAGCUGCCGCCGACGGACUGUAGGUUGAGGCCUGAUCAGCGGGCUGCUGAGAAUGGGGAUCUCGAUGAUGCGGAGGAGCUGAAGGCGAGACUAGAAGAAGGCCAGCGUGCUAGACGGAAAGAACAGGAGGCCAAGGACGAGGUGCAUAUACCGCGCUGGUUCGUCAAGGUCGACGGCGGUGAUGAUGGGGAGGAGGUAUGGAAGUUGAAAGGUGGGAAAGACGGGUAUUGGGAGGAGAGGGCGAAGGGAUCUUGGACGGGCAUAGAGAACAUACUUGCUGUUUGA